AUAAGAAGCUAUAGGAAGGUGUCCAAGUUUGUUGUUGAGAAUACUUUUCGGUAUCACUCCUAGCUUAGAUAUGACAUUUAAUGUCUGAUUUAUGUAUUUAUUUAUUUUUCUUAUAUGGUUAGUAUUAAUUUCUGCGCAAAGUUGUUCCAUGUAUGUCACUUCAUUUAGAAACGUUUCAUCAUCAUCACCAUUUAGGGACUAUGUACAAAUUCAAAACCGUUUGGGAAGCUUUAGCGUAUAAGAGGACCGUUUUCUUGGGUUGUAAACGAAUGUUCUUGUAUGAGUAAAAAGAGUUAUACAUCGGAUCGUAAGUAGGUUUGUAUAAACUGCCUAUAUAUCGAGUACUGAGAGAUUUUUGGAUUGUGUUAUAAAACAGUGUGGACUUUUUGAGACGCUCCCUGAUCGACGGCGUGGUGGAAUUGUGACUGCUAGCAGGCUGGUUUUGUAGUAAAAUAGUUUGCUGUUGAAAGUUGCUUUUUUUUCCUGGGAUGUUAAACCGCUUAAUCGAAAAAUGGACAAUCUUGAUUCUUAAAAAAUGCUUUAUAAAGUAAAGGGUUUAUAAAGUGCUGGUGGUGCCAUGGCAGAGGAAGAAGGUUCUAGUAAUAAAGCUUGUAAGGUGAGGGCUAAGCCCAAGGACCUGCUGCUUCAUACACACCUCAGGGACUGGGACAGCGCCUGGAACACGCAGUCUGGAGGACUGUUCAAGUUUACACAGGAGGACGAAAACGUCCAGUUUGACACGUCUGACUCGGAUAAUAACUGUGAGGGGUUGAUGGCAGGAAGACCAUAUCUGUCCAUUCAGGCGUUUGCCUCUGCCAUCCCAAACCACCUGCUGCUGGGGUCUCUGCUCGAACACUUGUGCUUUAUGUACAAGAGUGACCCUGCCCAGUCUCGCAUGUUGUUUAAGGUGAUUGGUCAGCGACUGUCAACAAUGAAUCUCCUCUCUCCACUGGCUAUCAGUGAUGAAUUCAGCACAGUGAGACUGCAGCACAGCCGGGCCUUUGCUAAGCUCCUGCAUGCAGCCAGCUCAUCCCUCUUUCCUCAUGAUCAAAUGUACCUUAAUGGUGAUGCCCAGAACCCUGUGCAAAGAACAAAAGAUGGUCUUUUCCAAACCUCUCGCUACCUCAGUGAAUUUGAUGAAAUCUCACCGCUAGGCAGAGGAACAUACGGAAAAGUCUUUAAGGUGAAAAACAAGUUGGAUGGACAGGACUACGCUGUGAAAAAGAUCCUGAUCAAGAAUGUGACGAAGUAUGACUGUAUGAAGGUCUUAAGGGAGGUCAAAGUUUUGUCCAGUCUUCAGCAUCUGAACAUUGUUGGAUAUCACACUGCAUGGAUGGAGCAUGUGCAGCCUCCAGUGAAUAAUUCACCUACCUCUCUGCCUGCUAUACCGGCUUCUGACUCAUCAUCACAGACAGAAAGACUUGCUGAGGAGAGCACCAGUGGAUCCUUCAUCGUUUUUGAAAACUCUAACUGUUCAACAGACAAAAAAGGACCACCUACAAACGUGCUUAAAAAUAGCUCAAAUAAUAUUUUAAGCUCUCCGAUAACAAAAGAGCAGAGCUGUCAGGUUGUGUCCAAAAAAAGAGCAGGCUUUUCACAGAACUUUGUGCCGUGUACGUUCCUGGAAGAGCCUCCCGCUGUAGGGGAGACCUGUCCUGCACUUCAAUGGGAAAGUUCAACAGUGUCAGACGAGUCGUAUGCUGAUAUGAGCAGUCAGCUGUGUGCUGAAAACCAUUCAAAGGAUGUUCAGUACCAUUUAAUGCUUUACAUCCAAAUGCAGCUGUGUGAGCGUUCAUUAAAAGACUGGAUUCAGGAACGGAAUGCUACACUAGAUCUGUCAACAGGUUCCUUACAGUCAUUUGACUCUCGACAAGCAUUUGACAUCUUAAAACGAAUACUUGAAGGGGUCGAGUACAUUCACUCCCGUGGAAUUAUGCACAGAGACCUUAAGCCAAGGAACAUUUUCCUGCAUGGCCAUGAGUGCCUUGUAAAAAUAGGUGACUUUGGCUUGGCUUGUACGGAUAUUGUGAUGAAUGAAAACGAAGAGUGUCCCAGUUCUCACAUAUGUGGAAACGCAGUGUCCUCUCACACUACAGGAGUGGGCACUUUUGUUUAUGCUUCUCCAGAACAGCUACAGGGCUCUCAUUAUGACUCAAAGUCAGAUAUGUAUAGUGUCGGAGUGAUUGCUGUCGAGUUGUUCCAGUCAUUUGGGACUGAGAUGGAACGUGUGCAAACACUCAGAGACCUGAGGAAGGGAAUGGUUCCAGAUGACCUGUAUAAGACCUGGCCAGUCCUGACCAAAAAAAUAAAGCUGCUGACCAGCCUGGACCCCUCAAAGCGACCAAAUGCAUCCCAGCUACUGCAAAGUGAUCUCUUUAACAACAAAGACCAAGUAAUCUACAAGUUACAACAGAGGGUUUCUGAGCAAGCAGAGGAAAUCAGUCAGCUCAGAAGACAGAUCAGUGAACUACAAACCACAAAGGAUGGACCAGAGAAAGCAUCACUAUAAUAACUACUGACGAUACUUUACAAUGUGACACUUUGACAUAUUAUGUGUAUAGUUUUAUUUAUUUUUGUGGCAUGUUCCUAUGCAUGAAGUCAACUUUGCCAGGGUUUAUGAAGACAAAUACAUUACUGUUCAUCUGAAUAGUUAUCAGAGAGACUCAGACCACAUAGAUUUCUGGGCACAGUUUCACGUUUUUCUUUUGUCAUUAAAAUAUUAAAGCAUUUAUAUUUCUGCAA